AGAUUGCAUCAUAACAAGCAGCAGUAAAUUUUUAUGCUGCUGUUUCUGAACCAUGGAUGUGUCAUCAACAUCCACUGAUUAUGCUGCAGAAAAGACCAACCUCAGGAUUGUUCUCCUGGGAAAAUCUGGAGUUGGAAAAAGUGCAGCAGGAAACAUCAUUUUAGGGAGAAAAGCUUUUGAGUCUCAUCCUUCAUUUUGUUCUGUGACAUCAGUUUGUGAGAAGAAAACUGAUGAUUUUCGUCAUUUAAAUCUGGAUGUUAUUGAUACUCCAGGUCUGUUUGGGACUAAAAACAGUAAUGAAGAGGUUGUGAAAGAGAUCAGUAAAUGCAUCAGCAUGGCGGCUCCUGGUCCUCAUGUGUUCCUGAUUGUUCUCCAACCGACCAGAUUCACAGCAGAAGAUGAAAAAACAGUGGAAAUAAUUAAGGAAACAUUUGGCAAAGAAGCAGCCAGAUUCACCAUGGUCCUGUUCACCCAUGGAGACGAACUGAACAAGAGAAACAUGAAAAUAGAAGAGAUGUUAGAGAAACACCAGCCUCUAAAACUCUUCAUCAGUCAGUGCUCCAUCCUGGAGAAAUUUGAAGAUAAAUAUCAUGUUUUUGGAAACGAAGUUGAGGAUAGUGUUGAAGUCAGCAGAUUGCUGCAGAAGAUCCAAAGAAUGGUUCAGAGAAAUGGAGGAAGUUACUACACUAAUAAAAUAUUCAAAAAGACUCAAAGAGUCAAACAAGAAGAAAUGGAACGACUGUUCAGAGCUGCUGUUGCAGGUAGGACUGAGCUAAUGGCCUAA